AUGAGGAUCCCAAUUGCACUGCAGCUCGCGCUGCUGGUGCUCGUCACCUCGUUGGUGGGAUUGGCUGUCAUCUCUAUUGCGACGUGGGAGAAUAAUUACAAAUUCGUGACUGGAGUCAAAUCUCAAGGCCUCAUCCUCGCAGCCUCCCUCAAAGCCGGCCAAGUCGCCUCCAACAUCGCCCUCAUCGAAGCCACCUGCCAAACGGUCACGACCCGUAUCCUCAUCCAAUCCGCCCUGCGAAGAUUCUAUCAAGGAAAUACCACAGACGCGAAUUGGGUUACGGCUAUCACCGAUGUGCAGUCUGCUUUAGGAUCUGGCGGCUAUGUUUCGUUAUUCCAGGCCAAAAUAUUCUCUCGAAAUCCAGCAGGUGAUCAAGGUGGUAUUCUGAAUGUGACGAGCAAUGUGUUGACGGAGGAGAUUGUGCUUCCGUAUAAAUAUGAUAAUGGCUCGUCUGUUAUCCUCGGUGAUUCUGGUCUUGGAUAUCCUCCCUCGCUCUAUCCAAACUUGACAUACAGUGUCGCCAGCGGCGUGGAUCCCGCCGAUGCAACCAGUGAACAGGCUACCGCCUACGCCUUUCCUGAUUUUCCGAUACAGAGGACGUCUGCGCUACUGCUUGGGCCGUUAUAUGUCAACAAUAGUUUUUCGCUGAUCUCGCUUACCCUGCCUAUCAUAAAUAAUACUUCUUAUACGGAUAUCUUGGGGUAUAUGACUAUCGUUGCGAGCGCUGCGAGUGUACAAUCUGCGCUUGUUGACAAUAAUGGACUCGAUUCGACCGCAUCGGUCCUCCUGGUUGGCCCUGCGACGGCCGAUAAUCUAUUCAAUGGAGAUGCGGUGACUGCGACACGCACAACGCCAGAUGUCAAUAAAACCGCGCUCCAGAAUGCCGAAGCUCGUUAUAUUUUCACGCCGGACCUCGUGGAUGGUUCCGAAGAUCGACACAAUAAAUAUCGCUCUACUGAAGAACCAUUCAAGCUCUCACAGUAUCCGGCCGUUCUCGAUGCACUCGAAACCCCGAGAUCAACAUAUGCCAAUUCCUCUAGCAACCUUGACACCCACAACGAACAGGGAUACCGUGUAGCCGUGGGCGUUGCUCGGCCACAGUCGACACUGGUAGACUGGGUGCUAGUCAUAGAAGAAACACACGCUCAAGCCUUUGGUCCAGUGUCGCAUUUACGAAAAAUCAUUAUUGCAUGUGUAUUCGGUACGGCUGGUUUCAUUGCCGUGGCUGUCAUUCCCUUGGCGCACUAUAGUGUGACUCCCAUUAGAAAACUCAAAGCCGCGACGGAGAAAUCGAUCCAUCCCUCGCAUUACCACCAUCUUGGUGAUGAUCCCCAUGGACCUAACGGAGGCGCAGUGUUGGAGACAUUGAAUGCGCAGUCUGAGAAACAAGGUGGAAUUUUCGGAGUGUUCAAAAGGAUCAAGCAUGGUCGAUGGGGCCGAUCACAAGGUACCGCAAGCGAAGAUGGUCGCUCAAAGACAUUCAAAGUUCCCGGCAAAGUCAAAGAAUCGAAACAUAUCGUAACAGAUGAGUUGACCGAAUUGACCAGCACAUUUAACGAAAUGGCAGACGAGUUGAUGAUCCAGUAUACCAGGCUUGAAGAACGUGUAGCGGAGAGAACGCGCGAGCUGGAAAUCAGUAAAAAGGCCGCGGAGACAGCCAACGAAAGCAAAACGUUGUUCAUUGCGAAUAUCUCGCACGAAUUGAAAACGCCGCUUAAUGGAAUUCUCGGAAUGUGUGCCGUGUGCAUGGGCGAGGACGAUUUGCCUAGAAUCAAAAAGUCGCUCAAAGUGGUUUACAAAUCAGGCGAUCUGCUUUUGCAUCUGUUGAACGAUCUGUUGACGUUUAGCAAGAAUGAAAUCGACUCAGCUAUUCGACUGGACGAGAAGGAAUUUAAUUUGGCGGAUAUCAAGUCCCAGAUUUUGACUAUCUUUGAGAAACAAGUUCUGGAAAAGAAUGUCCAUUUCACUGUCAAGUUCAUCGGCGCACCCGCCGCGGCAGAGACAAUCAUUAUGGACAAUGACGAGAAACAUGCACUAGGUACGACUUCUCAUGCCUAUGGUCCGCCAGGCACAGCUCGGAUGAAAGAUAUGAUUCUAUGGGGUGAUCAGCAUCGUAUAUUACAGGUCCUUAUCAACCUGGUCAGUAACAGUCUCAAAUUCACACCAGAAGGUGGUCGAGUAGAAGUUCGAAUCAAGUGUCUGGGCGAUUACGAAAAGCCAGAGGGCAGCACAAAGAUAUCCUUUGACUCGAGGUCUAACUCGGCAAUGAGGUCACGGACACCCUCGUUCCAAUCUAGAGAUACAUAUAUGGGUGGUAGUGUCGCUGGUAGCGCUUUUGACCAUUACUCACGCGAGAGGGAACAGCCUGUGAAUUACCGAACGUUGGCGUUUAGCUUUGAGGUUGAAGAUACAGGACCGGGUAUUCCAGCGCAUCUGCAACAGCGAGUGUUUGAGCCUUUUAUGCAAGGUGAUUUAGGAUUAAAUCGAAAGUACGGGGGUACAGGUUUGGGGUUGAGUAUUUGCUCUCAAUUAGCUCGCCUGAUGGGGGGCACUAUCCAUCUUGAUAGCACUGUGGGCAAGGGUUCGACAUUUAGAGUUGACGUCCCCCUGAAAUAUCUGAAAGAAAUGGCGCCUAGUACACGCAGCUCCAGCACAGCUGAAUCCAGUCCACCGAGUGAGAUUGUCUCUCUCGAUGAUGCCGCAAAUAUCAACCGGACAUCGGAUGCAAACAGUCCUGUUGUCAAACCAGUCGAGGCUCAAGAUUUGCAACCCCGUCUGGUCGGUUUGAGCCAACCCUUCUUCGCAGCUGCACCGCCAUCUCAAUCGACCAUCAACAACAGCACCUCCACCACCACUGUAACCAGUACAUCCGACUCAAAACGCCACGUUCCGGCUCCCGCAUCAUCAACAUCAUUCAAAUCAUCACUUUCCGCUAGUGAUAGCACAACAACCACCAAGAUCCGGGUCCUCGUCGCCGAAGACAACGCCGUAAACCAAGAAGUCGUCCUCCGCAUGCUCAAACUCGAAGACAUUUACGACGUCACCGUGGCCAAAGACGGACAAGAAGCCUAUGACACUGUGAAAGCCGCCAUGUCUGAAGGCAACAAAUUCGACCUAAUCUUUAUGGACAUUCAAAUGCCCAACCUAGACGGGCUGGAAAGUACAAGACUGAUUAGACAGAUGGGAUAUUCAGCCCCAAUUGUGGCAUUAAGCGCUUUCGCGGAAGAGAGUAAUAUCAAGGAUUGUAUGGAGAGUGGUAUGGAUAUGUUUUUGAGUAAACCGAUUCGUCGGCCGGCGUUGAAGCAGGUGUUAAAAAAGUUUGCGACGAUUGUGGAGGAGGAUGGUGAGACUUCUUGA